AUGUCAGACUCGGGUCUUUCCGCUGCGGGAAGCAGUACAUACGCCUCGAAUACCCUCCAUGUUGGGGAUGGGACUUGGGACUCGGGGCGUGAUACCUUCCUGCUACCCAACUUAAUGGGUGUCAAUUUUGAGACAAUGCGAUACAAUGGCAUGGGAAAUCGUUUCAAGGAUAUGGCCGGAUAUCAUGCCCUAAUUAUUGCGCACGGCGUCAUUGCAACCAUCGUUUUCCUAGGCAUCGUCCCAACCUCCGCUAUAAUCAUCCGGUACUACUCUCGAUGGAAUCCGUAUUGGGCAUUCAAGCUACACGCCUGGUGUCAGGUCUUGACCUUGCUCCUGACUACAGUCGUGUUCGUGCUCGGGUGGUUCGCCGUCGGGCCGGCACGAAGCCUGACCAAUCCCCAUCAUGGAAUUGGCCUGGCAAUUUAUGUGAUUGUCAUUUUCCAAGUGCUGUGGGGCUGGUUUCUGCAUAAGAGAGAGAGCAAGAGGCAAAGAACCCAUGUUCCCAUGAAACUGGUGUUUCACCGAUGGCUAGGGCGUGCACUUGUCAUUAUCGGUAUUGUUCAGAUUCCUCUAGGGCUCACACUCUACGGCUCACCCAAAGUUCUCUUCAUUCUGUUUGCCCUGGCAGCCUUUGCCUACCUGGUGCUCUACUUCAUCCUUUCCUACAGAUACGACGAGGAAGGAUACCAUAGGGGAAGUGACUAUGGAGGUGGUCAUAGCCACUACACAGGGCCGUCGGAGGUCUCAGCGCACCCCGAACAUCACACGGGAGAGGCGCUUGCUGCUGGCGCUAUGGGUGCUGGCUUGGCUUCGAUGUUCCGACGACGUCCACGCAGCCGACACACCAGCCACGCCUAUGAAGAUUCCCGCACGUCCCUUUCUGAUGAAAAAUACUCUGAUGAAUCCUCGCGUCACCAUGGCGGUGGUGGAGGUGGGGGUUUCGGUAAAAAAUUACUUGAGAUUGGCGCACUGGCUGGGGCUGGUCUCAUGGCCAAGAGGUUCUGGGAUCGUCGAAAGAAAAAAGAAGACGACGCAGAGUCAGGACGCUAUAAGCCGGCAAAUUCUCGCAACCACAGCUAUACGGAAGAAUCCCUGAGUCGGAUGGAAGAUGGUCGACCAGAGCCAACCCAUCACACACCUCUCAAUCGCCCACCAAGUCGUGCACCAAGCAGAUCGCAAAGUCCAGGGUCAUCCUACUAUUACAACAGCACAUAUUUCACCGAGCCACCAAGGCGAGAUCACAAGGCUCGGGAUGCGGCUGCGGGCGUUGGUGCUUUCGCCGCUUUCAAGAGACUCUUCAGCCGUAACAAAAAGAACGACGCUGAGAAGGAAAGACUAGAUGACAUCAGGCGUCGUGACGAUGAAGAUGAGGCGCUUCAAAGAGCAAACAGCAAACGACGACCACAGGGGGGAGAGGGUCCGUAUCCAAGAAGAAGAGCCAGCUCAUACAGUGAGACCGAUUAUACCGAGACCGAUCUGUCUCGGCCACCACCACGCCGACAUGCCUCACAUGGUGACUCGCUCCUCAGUCCAGAGCCUCUUGCUUCGGGUGCUGUCCAUAGUUCUGUAUCAGAGAUGCCACCCAUGCCGCCUGUGCAUCAUCACGGGUACUCUGGCGACCUGGCAUCAGAGCGUCCUCAUUCACGUCACUCCAUUCCCCCUGCCGGCUCAGAGUUUGCCUCGGGGGCAGCCACCGGUGCAGCUGCUGGAGCAGCUUUGGAUACUGCUCCUCGUCGCAAUAGAAGCAGCAGCAGGCGCCGAGAAGAGGAUGUCGCCUCGCCACCAGUAUCCGUGAAAGUGAAGAUGCACAACGACGGCCGACAUGUCACGCUGCGCCGACUGACUGAAGAGGAAGCUGCCGCAAGUCGUGAGGCCCGCCGCAGAGAGCGAAGAAGCUCGCGUCGUCGCAACAGCAGUGCAGGUUCUCUCUCCGGCAACGAAGAUGCCGGUUACGAUCGCUGGCGCCGCGUGGAAGAGCUGGAACGCCAACAAGAAGAGCAAAUGCGUCGUGAACAGGCUGCUGCUGCUGCUCCUCCCCCUCCACUUGUCGCCCCAUCCGGUCCCAACCCUACAUCUUCGUGGGCUGCUCCACCCUCCCAAGUCAGCCAGAUGCCGCCACCACCUCCUAUCCCCGCACCUUCCAGCAUGCCUUACGGCCCCGGGAGUAUCACCUCACCUCCAUAUACAGCUACUGAAAUGAGUGGCUCGUAUGCAAACAACCGUCGGCGUAGACGUGCAGAGCGAGCCAGAACUCGACAGGAGAGAGAGAAGCAGCACGGUGUCGAAUUCACUUAA